GGCGCUGGGUUCACAUCAUCACACCUCCUGCCGAGCCGAAAGCACAUGAACUAACAGAUGACCCGCUCGCUCCUUCAUCUCUCCUGCAUUAGAAUGACGGAGUGUGACGCGUGCGUCCGGAACGCGGGUGUGUUUGUCGAGCUCUGCGUUUCUCUGAACGGACUUCAGCUCUCCAUCUCUGUGAGAUCACUCUGAGCUUCUGUCUCCUCCGGCAACUUCUUCAAAUCUCUCCGCACGGACUCUCUCUCGGACUAACACCGCGCUCCUGCUUUGUAGUUGCAUGUGUGGAUGAGAAGCGCUUCUGCAGACUCGCUCGUUUGUGAUAUGCGCGUGUUUUACAAAACUGACGCGUGUUAGAAUGAACCCUAAACACUGACUGGGUGAAUUUUUUUUGUCUCUCCAGCGGCGCAGACCACAGUUAUUGACCGUAGUGCGGACAUUCACACCACUGACAGAAGAUCGUGGACAUCUCAACACUUGCUCCACUGUCUGACAUCAGGCGCGUCGCCACAGAUGUGAAUGAAAGUCGACUGAAGCAAGAGGAAUAUACGUGUCCAAGUGUGCCGUAGCGAUGCUGCAAGUGGAAAUGAUCAUAUUCGUGGGUGUGAUUCUGUGGAUGUGUGUAUUUAGUCAAGAGCCCAGCUCAAAGGUGAUGGCUGAUCGAUACGCGGUCUACUGGAACCGAACCAACCCCAGGUUUCAACGUGGAGACUAUCACAUCGACGUCUGUAUAAACGACUACCUGGACGUGUACUGUCCGCACUAUGAGGAUUCGGUCCCUGAGGAGCGGGCGGAGCGCUACGUCCUCUACAUGGUCAACUACGACGGCUACAGCACGUGUGACCACACCGCCAAAGGCUUCAAGCGCUGGGAGUGCAACCGGCCGCACUCGCCCAACGGCCCGCUCAAGUUCUCAGAGAAGUUCCAGCUCUUCACCCCCUUUUCGCUGGGUUUCGAGUUCCGACCGGGACGAGAGUAUUACUACAUUUCAUCCAUGAUCACAGAAACCGGGAGAAGGUCGUGUCUCAAGCUGAAAGUGUUCGUGAGACCACCGAAUGGCUGUGAGAAAACCAUAGGCGUUCAUGACCGCGUUUUUGUCGAUGACAAAGUAGACAAUGCAUUAGAACCAAGAGACGACACCAGUCACGAGGCCGAACCGUCCCGGAGCGACGUGUCGACUUCAGGCCUGCGGCACCAAACGUCACGCCCCCUGCUGGCCCUGCUGCUGCUCUGCAUCUCUGUGUUCCUCACCUUAUAGCCCCUCACCUGCCCCUCAAGCAGCCCUCGGGAAACCCCACGUGCCCCAGCGGCCGGCACCGGGGAGGGCUUGAGAUUCACCAGGAACACUUCAGCUGCGCUUUUGUUUUGUUUUCCAAUAUUUAAGUGGUCCUUCGCCGUCUCUGAUUAAGCCGCGAAAAGAAGAAAUGCAGAUCGCCUGUUUAAACCAACCGACCAAUCAGCUGCGGCGGCCGGUCGCUGGGGAUUGGCUGCCGAGAGGAAGGGGGGCGGAGUCUCAAAUUUGAUUUGGGUCCACUGGGAGCGAGUGGCUCUUUUAGCGAGUAAUUAGCGCAAGGGUUAAGAAACGCAGAAGGCCCUGUGAGAACUGCAGGUUUAUAGAUGGGUCACAUAAAACAGACAUAAACAUCAACCCGAGUUCACCGGCUCUGCUGUUAGCGACACACAUAUAUAUACACAAAGACUCUUGCCUUUCGUCCUUCGUCUGCCUUCCCCUUAACAAAUUGCAGAAUCCAUCGGAAGAAGCGGUCUGUCACGCGUCUCGCCGUGGGAUCUUUCCUAAUCAAAGGAAGACAUUGGUUAGUCAGAAUUGGUUAGUCUGAAUUUGGAUUUGAUUCUCUACUGCAAUUUGAGGGACUCGUCUUAGUAGACCACACCACUAAAAACAAUGAUUUUGUAUUUUGUAAGAUAAACUUAACUGCAACAUAAAUAUCUAUAUUUUUCCUAUGACCUUUUAUCAAUUGAUAUGAGAUAUCAACAUUAACGAAUCAUUGAAAUUCUUUUGCUGUCAUAACUGUGUGUCCGACUCUGUUAGGAACCAAAUACGGAAAGGGGCUCCGUACGAUGUUUUCCCCUUUUACAUGGGUGGAAAAAGUAAAGGUUUGUUUGAAUAGGCCUUAUACUGUAUACAAUACUAAUAUCUCCUGGAAGUGCAUCCAAUUCAGCGUUUCCAUCGGAGAAAUAAAGUUUAGUUUCAUUUGUUUAUUUCUUUAAUGCAUUUGUUUGUUCUGUAGCUGUUAAUCGGUGCAGUUCUGACUCAUUUAAUAUGCUGAUGCGACGUACGCAAGACAUUACCACACUGGGCAUUCUCCUCCCAAAGCCUUACAUACGAUGGAGGAACCAACGGGUGUAUCUCACUAAACCUGACUCAUAUUUCACCCCAGAAUUAUUUGUUUUGCACAAACAAAAUGAAGCAUAUUUUAGGACCAAUUAAAUUGAUUACAUAUAUGGACAACAGAACCAACAUAAAGUAGUACAGGUUUAUUUGUAGCAAUAGCCAAAAAUACAUUGUAUGAGUCAAAGUUAUCGAUUUUUCUUUUAUGCCAUAAAUCAUUAGGAUAUUAAGUAAAGAUCAUGUUCCGUAAAUAUAGCAGAACUAUUAAUUUGCUAAGAACUUCAUCAGGACAAUUUUAAAGGCAGAUUUCUCAACAUUUUACAUUUUUUUGCACCUUCAGAUUCAAGAAUUUCAUAUAUAAACUAAAUAUAUAAUAAACUACAAUCUAAAAUAUACAUUCAUAUAUGGGUCAAAGACGUAAAUGGGUUUAGGCAUAAAAACAAGUGUAAUACUGCUUUAAAUUGUUGUUUUUACAACAACAACAAAAAAUAAUAAUUGCAUCUUUGUUUUUGUUUUUAUCGAAAAAAUAAAUAUCAUACAUUUUUCCCUAACUUACAGAAGACACUAAAAUGUCAUUCAGUGUAACAAUCUUGUCAGGCAUAUUUACAACAAAAAUCAAUUUAUGACACAUUAAAAGAUUAAUUACUUUCACCCCAAAUACUAAUUAGUUGUAAUUCUACAAUAAUUCUACAGUAAUUCUGUUUUGCCCAUUUGUCAGUAAGAUUUUUUUAGUCAUUUAAAAACAAAAUUUAAUAUGCUCCCUUAUUCUUUUAUAUAUUAGAAUAUGUACAAAUCAGGAUAAGCAUGUUGUUUGAAUUUUUACAUAAAUAUUGUGUUACACUGAAUGACAAUGUAACAUUAUUUCAACCAAAGUUUGACAUUUUAUUCUCCAAAAACUUAUUUGAAAACUUAAAAGUAAACACUUUACUUACAUUUACAUUUAAUAUGCUUUCUAUGACAGAAAUUUAAAUUUCUUUUGAUGUGGACAUCUUAGUCUAAUAUAUAUAUAUAUAUAUAUAUUUAAUUUUAUAAAAUGUGACGCCACAUUUUAAAUAUAAAAAAGACAAUUUUAAAGUCUCACUAAAUACAUAUGCUUACAUAAAGGAAACUAUAACGAAAAAUGUAAUGGUAAUUAUCUGUUAGGAGAUAAACAAUAUUGUGCAUCUGUAAGUUUACAAUAAGGUCUCAUUUGUUAACGAUCUCUGACAAAUGCAUUUCAGUUAAUAUAUAGUUAAUAUUGUUAAUAUAGUUCAUAUUAGUUCAUAUUAACAUGUUAAAAGUUUUGAUUGUAAAAAUGCAUGAGUAAAUGUUGAAAUUAAUAUGAUUUGAGAUUCAUAAAUGUUCUAAUUUAUUCAUUUAGCAGAUGCUUUGAUUCAAAUUGACUUACAAAAAGAGUAAUACAAUAAGUGAUUAAUAAUAAUGUUAAUAAUCGCAACCUCAUUGUAAAGUACAUUGAGAAUAAUGGAAAUUACAGAACAAAACUCUAAAGUAAAACAUGCAUAAUGGCUGUGCAAAAGACUUCAUUUUCUUUGACAAAUAUAAUUUUGUGUGGUGAAAUGUGAUCCGAACGCGUUUUUGUGAGAUUCACCCAUACUGUAGUUUGCCUGGUUACUCGCUCCGUCACUGUUUCAGUUUAAGAGCCGAAAUGAGCUUCAACACGAGCUGAUGUUCAGAGACAGGAGAUAUCAGAGCUGUUAAAGCAGAAGUACAUAUUCCUGACAAUAAACAGUACUGUGGACUUUCAAACAGUUGCAAUCUGGAUAAUCGUUUCUGCCUUUCUGACUCUCACUAGUCCUGUUUGUUUUAGUUAAUGAAGCGAUUUCAGCGGCUCAAGCUUUGCCACAUCAGGACUAGAGGAAACACACCAUAUGUGCUCCAAUUCAUGGUUUACAUUAGAAACCAUGAGAGAAACUUUUGAAAAAAAAAAAAAAAAAAAAAAAAAAAUUCAGCUUCAGUAGUAUUUGUAUCAUUUGUACUCCAAUUAUUACCAUUAAUACCACGCUUUGUACACACUUUGAACUGGGAAACAGAAUCAGCUUAUUAAAUGGAUACUGUGUAUCCUAAAGUAGUCAAAAAUAUAACAUUAUAGUGUUAGAAUACUACUUGGUUUUUUUGUACCUUUCUGGAGGACGAGGAAAAAUAGACACGUCAUAAAACAUUAAUUAUUAUGAUUAAUUAUUAUUAUUAUUCAGCAUCACUGUUAUUUGUUAUUAUGGAUACCACAUUAAAUGUUAUGAUCAAAACGUGUUGUACAUAAUGUUUGAUAUUAAGGUAUUAAUUUGAUUCACAUGUCUUUUCUAAAAAAACAAAACAAAAAAAAACAAGUGCUAAACUGAGCAAAGCAAAGCAUUGGGAUGUUUGUAUAGACGAAUGCAGCCAAUCAGAGGCCACCUUUGAACUGCGGUCUGAAGCCCUGAGCCAAUAGGAGCGCUUCAUCCGUUUUUAAAUCUCCUGCCAACGGUUUUGGUUUUCGGCGAGGACCCGACCAGACGGAUGGAGUUCAAAGGUGCAGCGUUUGUUCAAAUGAUGAUGGUGUGUUUGCCGGACUGUCUGUGAUUUUAACGGAAGGAACUUGCUGGUUUCAUAACGUGGCAUGUGCAUGGACUUGAUAAUGAAAAAACAUGUUAAAUAAAGUGUUCUUUUGGCUGUUUUCACCUCUUCUUUUUCGACAUGUUCGUGUGUGUUGUAGUUCCACUGAUGAGAAGGUUACGCAGGAGAGUGGUGUAGUUUUGCACAAAGCGCUUCGGUAAACGGCGUCUAGCACUGCUUCAGAAUGUUUGUUGCGGUGCUGAUGCUUCUAGAGAUGUUUGUUUGUUUGAUUGUUUGUUUCAAUGGUUUUUGAAUAAAUCAUCUGUCAUCAGUCAUGAGUUCACAUCAACAAAGCACCGCAGACUGACUCUAUGUGAGCGUCGAGAAACAUUCAGAGUUUAAAAGUGAGAACCUGUUCCUGAACUGAAACAGGAUGCUGAAUUGAAACUGAAAUGUUCCAAUUAAAAAAAAAAAAAAAAAAAAAAAAAAAUCCAACACCACUGUUUUUUUUUCUUCAAAAUACAUAAUGCUUAUUCCCUGAUAUGUAUAUUUUUAUGCUAACACUUUAGAAUAAGGUUAGAUUUGUUAACUAUAUUUAAUGCACUAACUACCGUGAACUAGCAAUGAGCAAUACACUGUUACAGUAUUUAUUAAUCUUUGUUAACAUUAAUAAAAAUACAGCUGUUCAUUGUUAGUCCAUGUUAUUUCAGGUCCAUUAAAUUUAAUACAUACAACUUUUGAUUUUAAUAAUGUAUCAGUAAAUGUUGGAAUCAACACUAAGAUAAUAAAUGCUUUAUAAGGAUUUUUCAUUGUUUGUUUAAUGUUAACAAAUUGAACCUUAUUGUAAAGUGUUACCUUUUUUAUUUUUCUAACAGCCAGUCUUUUUAGAUCUAUUAAUAAAAUGAGAGAAUUGUAUGACGUGAGACACAAACUUGUGCACUAAUGAUAAUCUUGUGUCAGAAAACAUCAUAAUGCAUUAUUAACCAGCUUUCAUUCAUUUGGUCCAUACAACUCCAUAAAAACUUUUUAUAUCAAAUCUAAAAUAUUAGAUAACGUUUUUUGUAAUAUUUCAUUUAUAUUGACUUUUAUUUUUAAAAUUUAGUCCAGUAUUUUAUAGUGUUUUAUAGUAUUGUUUAUUUUUAAUUAUUACUUUUUAAAUAUUUAUGUAUAUUUAAAAUAAUCAAUUACAGAAAAUGUUAUGAAUAAAUGUAUAAUUAAUAUAAUAUUUAUAUCUGAUUUACAUAUGAAUUAAAAAUACAAACUCACAGAAUAUGUACUAAUAUGUACUAACAUACAUAUUACACACACACACACAUAUACACAUAUAUAUAUAUAUAUAUAUAUAUAUAUAUAUAUAUAUAUAUAUAUAUACAUAUACACAUACAUACACACACACAUAUAUAUGUAUAUAUAUGUAUAUAUAUAUACACACACACGUCUGGUUUAUUAUCCUUGUGGGGACUCUCCAUAGGUGCAAUGGUUUUUAUACUCCCCACACUGUAUUUUCUAUCCCCUUACCCUAACCCUACCCCUAAACCUAACCCUUACAGAAAACUUUCUGCAUUUUUACUUUCUCAUAUACCUCAAGCCAGUCCCCACAAUGUCAAAAAUUUCAGGUUUUACUAUCCUUGUGGGGACAUUUGGUCCCCACAAUGUAGCAAAAACAAGUACACACACACACACACACACACACACACCUAAAAAAGCUAUAAAUUAGUGGAGUUUAUUUAAUUUAUUAGAACUAAAUAUAUUUUUACACUAAAUUGAAUUAAUUACAAUAAACAUAUCUAGUGUUCUAGGUACGUUUUUGUAUGAUAUAAAAUGUUUAUGGCUACUUCAUACUGAAAAAUGAAACUUCAAAAAAAAAACAAAAAAACAUUAACUUUAUGAAUAUUAACUUUUAUGGACCACAAAAUUAAUCAAAGCCAGUUAAUGCAUUAUGUUUUUGGACACAAGGUUGUAGUUCAUACCAUACAAUUUUCACAAUUUUUUUUUUUUUUUUUUUUGUAUAUGAUUUGUAUUAAAUAAAUUGCAUAUGGGUAUUUCAUACUGAAAAAUGAAAUGCAUUAUUUACUGUAAAACUGUACUUAAUGUCUUUGUAUUUAAUUCAUUUAACUUUAAAUGUCAAUUCUGUGUCCUGUUUGCAGCUCAGUUUCUCUUUUGUUCUGAAUGAAUUCUGUUUGACUCUCUACAGACUGCAGUCUUUCUAAUCUUAGUGAUGAAGUUUUACACAUGCCUUAGUCAACACACUCCUAACGAACAGAAGAGAUCCUCACCGGUGUGUGUUCUGUUCACUGGUGGCGUGUUUAAACUGAAGUGUGCUGGGGAAACCGUGUGUGUGUGUGUGUGUUGAUUCAGAUCUCACUCACCCCUGUACUUCUGAUGACACUGGUUCUGCUCUUUCCAUUUCCUCUACUGCAUCUGUGGGUGCUGUACUCGCUUUCCCCCCACUGUACAAACAGGAACAAACUUUUGGGAAAAAAGGAAAGAAAAAAAUCUAAGGUCUGUAUUUGUAUAUACACGUGUCUGAACAACUAUAAUAAUUAAAGAAAAAAAAUGCAUUGCUUGGCUGGUUUAUUGUGCUUGUUUAGUCAGGAUUUUUGUGUAGAUGCAACUUCUUUUGAAUAUUUAUAAUUCAUUCAUAA